GCGAACUUCUCCAAAUGUUACCGCUACGGGAUCGGAGUUAGACUUGACACGGACGGCUCAGACAUAGGCUGCUACUACUACUACUACUACAGCUACUACUACUCCUCUCUGAGACGUCGUUUCACUAACUUUCGGGACGAAUGAAGACUGAAGGAUCUAUACGGAUUUCGGCGCAUAAUGUUGGGAUGGAGUUUCGAGACUUGUUUGGCUCCAAGGAAGACUAGAAAUCGUUCCCCUGACUUGUCGCCGGCGGUGCUGGAUGCGCUCUCCGUCUAUGUUGGAUUAUUGUCGCUUUUUCUGAACUCGCACCGAUUCUCCGCCGCUUCGCUCAGCGCCCCGUUCCCCCUCUUUGGACUAUGGCCUCGGAUCGUGGGGUCCCAGGGGCCGGCGUCUAUGGAGAUUUACCCCCGAGUUAUACGCGCUCCCAGCCGCCUGCGAACCCAGACCUACUCCGGAGACCCAGCUACUGCCACGCUGCUUUCGCACUUAAACAGAUCUCAAAGGGGAAGGCGGUAGGUCAGAAAGCUCCUCUGUGGAUCCGGGCGAGGUUCCAGGCCCUCCUGUUCUCUCUGGGCUGCCACAUCCAGAGGCACUGUGGGAAGGUCCUCUUUAUUGGACUCUUAGUAUUCGGGGCUCUGUCAGUGGGACUCCGAGUCGCAGCCAUCGAAACGGACAUCGAACAGCUAUGGGUGGAAGCUGGCAGUCGGGUGAGCACGGAGCUUCGCUACACCAGGGAGAAGCAGGGAGAGGAGUCAGUAUUUACCUCACAGAUGCUUAUCCAGACCCCCAAAGAAGAGGGCACCAACAUUCUUACCCAGGAGGCUUUGCUGGUUCACAUGGAAGCUGCCUUGUCCGCCAGCAAGGUCCAGGUGUCGCUGUUUGGAAAAUCAUGGGAUCUUAACAAAAUAUGCUAUAAAUCAGGAGUCCCUAUUAUAGAAAAUGUCAUGAUUGAAAGGAUGAUUGACAAGCUAUUCCCCUGUAUGAUAAUCACCCCAUUGGACUGUUUUUGGGAAGGGGCCAAACUACAAGGAGGCUCCGCCUAUUUACCGGGUAUGCCAGACAUCCAGUGGAUGAAUCUAGAUCCAGUCAAGCUGAUGGAGGAACUGAGUCAGUUCACUUCACUGGAAGGGUUUAAGGAGAUGUUGGACAAAGCCCAGGUGGGACAUGCCUACAUGAACAGGCCAUGUCUAGACCCAUCAGACCCUGACUGCCCCCUCAGUGCACCCAACAAGGAGCAAGGAGAGAGUCCUGACAUUGCUGGACGUCUCCAGGGUGGUUGCCAUGGUUUCAGCCGGAAGUUCAUGCACUGGCAGGAGGAGCUGAUCCUGGGAGGGCGGAUCAAGAACAGCCAGGAUACUCUGCUGAGCGCGGAGGCUCUCCAAACCAUGUUCCUGUUGAUGAGUCCGAAGCAGCUGUACGAGCACUUUAAAGACGACUACGAGAUCCACGACAUAAACUGGAAUGAGGAAAAGGCUACCGCCAUCCUCGAGUCCUGGCAGAGGAAGUUUGUGGAGGUGGUCCACCAGAGUAUCCCAGACAACUCCAGCCAGUCCAUCCACGCUUUCUCCACCACCACCCUCAAUGACAUCAUGAAAUCCUUCUCUGAUGUCAGCGUGAUUAGGGUGGCCGGCGGAUACCUGCUCAUGCUCGCUUAUGCUUGCGUGACCAUGCUAAGGUGGGACUGUGCCAAGUCCCAGGGGGCCGUGGGGCUGGCCGGGGUGCUGCUAGUGGCUCUGUCGGUGGCUGCAGGACUGGGUCUCUGCUCCCUGCUCGGCCUCUCCUUCAAUGCUGCCACCACACAGGUGCUUCCCUUCCUGGCACUAGGGAUUGGUGUGGAUGACAUGUUUCUGUUGGCUCACUCCUUCACCGAGGCUGGAAGUAACAUCCCCUUUAAGGAGCGGACAGGAGACUGUUUGCGUCGCACCGGCACCAGUGUGGCUCUGACUUCCAUCAACAACAUGAUCGCCUUCUUCAUGGCCGCCCUCGUACCCAUUCCUGCUUUGCGAGCGUUCUCUUUGCAGGCGGCCAUUGUGGUCGUGUUUAACUUCGCCAUGGUGCUGCUCAUCUUCCCUGCCAUCCUCAGUUUGGACCUCCACCGGCGCGAGGACAAGCGCUUGGACGUCCUCUGCUGCCUGUACAGCCCCUGCUCCGACCGCGUCAUCCACCUCUCUCCGCACGAGCUGUCAGACGCUGGAGAGCAGCCGCACACGCCCACGACACCCACGGCGCACACGCACCAGUACACGGCGGGAUCGACAAUCACCACCAGCACCCAGAUCACCACCACAGUGCAGGCGUUCACGCAGUGUGACGCAGCGGGCCAGCAUAUCGUCACCAUCCUACCACCUACCUCACAGAUUUCCACCAGCCCGCCGUCCAUCAUCGUCUGCCCCACUUCACAGCCUCAAGCCAUCACACCUUCCCCCACCUCCACCUCUGUGCCGGACCCCUACGGCUCCCAGCUCUUCACCCCUACCUCCAGCUCCACGCGGGACCUCCUAGCCCAGGUGGAGGAUUCCAAAUCGGGAAAGAAGUGCGUCCCUCUCCCCUUCCUGCACUGGAACCUUUCCAGCUUUGCCAGGGAGAAAUACGCCCCUCUGCUCCUCAAGCCCAAAAGCAAAGCCAUCGUGGUGGUUCUCUUUCUGGGCCUCCUGGGCCUCAGCCUGUACGGGACCACCAUGGUGCAUGACGGCCUCUACCUAACCGACAUCGUGCCACGCGACACCAAGGAGUACGAUUUCAUCGACGCCCAGUUCAAGUAUUUCUCCUUUUACAACAUGUACCUGGUGACCAUGGAUGGAUUUGAUUAUGCGCGGUCGCAGAGGCUGCUGAUCCAGCUGCACAACGCCUUCAACUCUGUGAGAUACGUGGUCCGAGACAGCGACGGCAAACUGCCCCGCAUGUGGCUGCACUACUUCCAGGACUGGCUCAGAGGUCUUCAGGCUGCUUUUGAUGCUGACUGGCAGGCAGGCAGGAUUACCUCUGACAGCUAUCGUAACGGCACAGAGGACGGAGCGCUGGCGUACAAGCUCCUCAUCCAGACCGGUUCCAAGAAAGAGCCUUUUAACUACAGCCAGCUGACUUCUCGUCGGCUGGUGGAUGCAGAGGGCUUGAUCCCCCCGGAGGUGUUUUACAUUUACCUGACAGUCUGGGUCAGUAAUGAUCCUCUGGGCUAUGCUGCCUCCCAGGCCAACUUCUACCCCCAUCCUAGAGAGUGGAUUCACGACAAGUACGACACUACAGGGGAGAAUCUGCGCAUCCCAGCUGCAGAGCCCCUGGAGUUUGCCCAGUUCCCCUUCUACCUGAACGGCCUUCGGCAAGCCGGCGACUUUGUGGAGGCCAUCGAGAGCGUGCGGGCCAUCUGCGACGAGUUUAGCCGCAAGGGCGUGUUCAACUACCCUAACGGAUACCCCUUCCUGUUCUGGGAGCAGUACAUUGGCCUCAGACACUGGUUCCUGCUGGCGAUCAGUGUGGUGCUGGCCUGCACAUUCCUGGUCUGUGCGAUUCUGCUGCUCAACCCCUGGACUGCCGGCAUCAUUGUGUUUAUCUUGGCCAUGAUGACGGUGGAGUUGUUUGGCAUCAUGGGUCUGAUCGGGAUCAAGCUGAGCGCCAUCCCUGUGGUCAUCCUCAUUGCCUCCGUGGGCAUCGGAGUGGAGUUCACUGUACACAUCGCACUGGGCUUCCUGACAGCGAUUGGCAACAGAAACAAGCGCUCCGCAGUGGCUCUGGAGCACAUGUUUGCCCCGGUGGUUGACGGAGCGAUCUCCACGCUGCUGGGCGUUCUCAUGCUGGCAGGGUCAGAGUUUGACUUCAUCAUGAGGUAUUUCUUUGCCGUGUUGGCCAUCCUGACUGUUCUGGGGAUGCUGAACGGUUUGGUUCUCCUGCCGGUCCUCCUGUCCAUGAUGGGCCCUCCGGCUGAGGUCACCCCAGUUGACAAUGCCAGCCGCCUGCCCACGCCUUCCCCCGAACCGCCACUGCCACCGCCAAUGACCCACCAUGGCUACUACACGGGCCACCACAACCCACGCUCAUCUCAUCAGCAGGCUUUCUCGGAGUCGUCUGACUCUGAGUAUUACUCGGAGAUGACCACCACGUCAGGAAUCGGGGAGGAGGAUUAUAAGUACUUUGACCGGAGCGCGUACAUAGCAUCGCACACCAGCGUUCCACCUGCAACAUCUCACAUACUGCUGGAGGCAAGCAAGAACCCUAGCUUCCCCAAGCUGACGGUGGUUAAGCCGUUCAGAGAAAAUGCCGCAGGCACUGGUGGAAGGAUAGAACCCCUAAAUGAAUCUUCCCACAACGCACAGUCGACUCUCGGCUCCCAAGUUACAUGCUGGGAUGGGAAGAAGCGGGAGCAGCAGCAGGGCCUCCAGAGGCCCCAGGCGCAACACUUGCCCAGCGACAGGGCUCACUUCCCUGGGAGGACUUGUCAAAGUGGGCCCAGGCUGCAGAACAGCAGAGGGCCUCAGCCAAACAGGACUAAAGGGCCGAGCUAUAGCAAUAGCAGCUCCGCCCUGCCGACGCAGCAAGGCCCCGCUGGGGGCCCCGUUACCAUGGUAACGGCCACAGCCUCCGUGACGGUGGCCGUGCAUCCGACCUUGCCAGGGGCGGCAUACCAAGGCUACAUGCAUGAAGGUUUUGACACGGACAGCGAGUCGGACUGUUUUGAGGCCGCUAAGAGGACUUGUGGUGACAAAACAAACUUUUCUUCAUGUAAGAGAGACUCUCUGGAGCUCCAGGACUUGGAAGCAACGCAGAACCAGACAGAGCAUCAGCUCAGCAAGACACAAGGUGGGUUGAGGAUCCAGGCAGCCAAAGAUUGCUAGACUCUCUCACACGAUCUGCCUUCUCUGGCUGCUUCCCAGAGCACCUUGACGCCCACACGGCGUCACAUCACGUCCUGAACUCUCAGCUGUACAUAGACUUCACACAAAAAGGAGAGGAUUUUAUUUCAAGGACAUAUUAAGUAAAAGAAAAAAAAAAGACGUUUUAAGAAUUAUAUAAAUCUAUGAGUAUAUAUUUUAAUACUAAAAAGAAGGAAGCUAUUUAAAAGAGUACUGUAUAACUUGGGUAUACUCUUGUGUAAAAGGUCAGAUGUAAAAGA